AUGCAUUCUGUCUUUAAUAUUCGGAUUCUGCUGUUAUUGAUAAUUGGUAUUGCCUAUAUUCAAGGAAAUUCUAUUGGUUCUAUUCAGUCAAAAUUUAAUGAUAAAUGUGAUCCACACGAAGAAUACAAAAACUGUGGUACCGCUUGUCCUGAAAGAUGUGAUUAUAAGCCAGAAAUAUGUACAUAUCAAUGUGUUAAAGGUUGUUUCUGCAAACCUAAUUAUGUUCGCAAAGAUAACAGUACUAACAGUCCUUGUAUUCUAAAGAAGCAAUGUCCAAAGAAAUCGCUUCCGUUGAACUGUGGUAAAAACAAAGUAUAUAAUCCAUGUGGUUCAUCAUGUCCACCAAGUUGUAAGGAUCUUUUGUAUCCACAAAAACCCAAAUUCUGCACUUUACAAUGUGUUCCUGGUUGUUUUUGCAAAAAAGGCUUAUAUAGCACAGAAGGUGGUAAAUGUGUCGUGUCAAAGAAAUGCUGCCAAGGUCAAAACGAAGAAUACAAAAAUUGUGGUACCGCUUGUCCUGAAAGAUGUGAUUAUAAGCCAGGAAUAUGCACACAACAAUGUGUUGAAGGUUGUUUCUGCAAACCUAAUUAUGUUCGCAAAGACAACAGUACUAACAGUCCUUGUAUUCUAAAGAAGCAAUGUCCAAAGAAACCACCACCGUUCAAAUGUAGUACAGAUGAAGUAUAUGAUCCAUGUGGUUCAUCAUGUCCACCAAUUUGUCAGGAUCUUUUGUAUCCACAAAAACCCAAAUUCUGCACUUUACAAUGUGUUCCUGGUUGUUUUUGCAAAAAAGGCUUAUAUCGCACAGAAGGUGGAUUUGUAUUUGGACGAUUAUGUUUAGGUGCUCAUCAAGAAUAUCAAAUGUGUGAUUCUGCUUGUCCUCUUACAUGUACUGAUGUAAGACAUGCAAGAUAUUUCAAACCAUGUACAUAUCAAUGUGUUCAAGGUUGCUUUUGUAAACGUGGUUAUACUCGAAGAUCUCAUUCAAGAAGUCAAUGUAUUCCUGAUUGGCGAUGUUAA